CGAAAAACCAUGCGUGUUAGCCGCGAAGGUCACAUUUCUCCUUAGCCAGACACUCACCGUAUAAUGAUGACAGAAAAAGUAGAAAAAGAUCCCAAUGUGUAUUUGUUUGUUCCCAAUUUGAUUGGAUUUUCUAGAGUUUUUUUGGUUCUGAUUUCAUUGUGUUUCAUGUCAUGGCAUCCAAAUUAUUGCACGAUUCUCUAUUUAUUUUCGAGUCUAUUAGAUGCAUUUGAUGGUUGGGCAGCUCGUAAGCUGAACCAAUCUACAAAUUUCGGAGCUAUUCUUGAUAUGGUCACUGAUAGAUGCGCAACUUCAUGUUUGCUCUGUUUCCUUUGUGCUGCGUAUCCCAAGUAUGCUAUAAUCUUCCAGUUGCUUGUAAGUCUGGACCUUGCCAGUCAUUACAUGCACAUGUAUAGCACAAUUCACCAAGGUGCCAAAUCUCAUAAAUCAAUGACAGACAAACAUUCUUGGUUGUUACGCUUGUAUUAUAGUAACAACAACGUUCUUUUUGUUUUUUGUGCUGCAAACGAAAUGUUCUUUAUUGCUCUUUACUUGCUUUCAUUUACUCCAGUUUCUCCUCCCCGUUUAGGUUACCUCAGUGUGCCUAUCUUUGUCUAUUCAACUGGCUACUUACCACUUUCAUAUCCUACCCUUUUGGUUGUGCUCUGUGGGCCCAUCUGUUUAGCAAAACAAAUUAUUAAUGUCGUCCAACUUGUUAACGCAGCUAACUCUCUUGUCGAUAUGGAUAUUGAACAAAGAAAAGUUGCCAAGAAGUUGAAAUAGACCGGUUAAUGGAAAUACAACUGUAAAUACUAUAAUCAGAUAUUUCUAAGCAACUAUUGUUUAGAAUAUGGCUUUCGUUUUACAAAUUUUUUCUUCAGUACGGUCUUUUCUGCUCUAUAAUUGAUCGAUGUCAAAAGUUCAUAAUCUUUCUUCCUGGUAACAGGUGAACUACAAGUUGUGUGCUUAUUUAAACCUUUAAUUAUCCAUCUAAGGAAUAUCAAGC